CGACGCCAUUUAUUCUUUUUUAUUUUUGCUCACUCUCUAAUCUGUUACGGUGGUCGUCCUACUACUUGAUUAUAGCUUCAGACUUUACUGAGAAAUGCGAAGCGAAGUGAAUCUCAUAUGUAACUAACUAGCAAAGUCAAUUUACUCAUCAGAUUCUGCUCAAUCUUCGAGACUUCGACUCACAACACUUCUCUGUAUUUUUCUUAAUCUCUUUCCCGGGAAAGUGACGGAAAGUAAGCAUGGAGCCCCAAAGAAGGCCAAAAUUUUCGAGAACCAAGCAGAAGGCUGAUCUGGAAGGAGUUCUCCGAAAGUCUUGGUACCAUUUGAGGCUGUCGGUGAGGCAUCCCUCCAGGGUUCCCACCUGGGAUGCUAUCGUUCUUACAGCAGCUAGCCCCGAGCAAGCUCAGCUCUAUGAGUGGCAGCUCAAGCGUGCCAAGCGAAUGGGCCGCAUUGCAGCCUCCACGGUUACUAUUGCCGUCCCCGAUCCGCUUGGCCAGAGGAUUGGCUCCGGUGCCGCUACUCUUAACGCUGUUCACGCACUCGCUAGGCAUUAUCAGAAGUUGGGUCUUGGCUCCGAUUCAGAGGAGAGUUCCAAAGAUGAAGUAUUUCACCCAUCAAUGGUUAGCUUUAUUGCAAAAAGGCAUGUGCUUUUGCUUCACGCUGGAGGUGACUCUAAAAGAGUCCCGUGGGCAAACCCUAUGGGAAAAGUGUUCCUGCCACUUCCCUAUCUAGCUGCAGAUGACCCUGAUGGGCCAGUUCCUCUGCUUUUAGAACACAUACUUGCAAUUGCUUCUUGUGCAAGACAAGCUUUUAAAAAUGAAGGUGGAAUAUUUAUCAUGACUGGAGAUGUUCUCCCAUGUUUUGAUGCCUCCACCCUGAUUCUUCCGGAGGACACAUCCUGUAUCAUCACCGUUCCAAUCACCCUGGAUAUUGCUUCUAACCAUGGUGUUGUUGUGGCGUCUAAGAGUGCAAGUCUAGAAAAUAGUUAUAUGAUCAGCCCAGUUGAUAAUCUCUUACAAAAACCAAGUUUAGAGGAACUUGUCAAGAAUAGCGCAAUCUUAGAUGAUGGUAGAACACUUCUUGAUACUGGAGUAAUAGCAGUUAGAGGUAAAGGGUGGUUGGAGCUUGUUAAGCUUGCACUGUCAUGCCAGUCGUUGAUUGAAGAGUUGCUGAAGAGCAGAAAAGAGAUGAGUUUGUAUGAAGAUAUGGUAGCAGCUUGGGUACCUGCAAAACAUGAGUGGUUGCAACCACGCCCUUUGGGUGAAGAACUGGUCAACAGAUUAGGAAAACAACAAAUGUUCAGCUACUGUGCUUACGAUCUGUUGUUUUUACAUUAUGGAACCUCUAGUGAAGUUUUAGAUCACUUAAGUGGGAGUGGUUCAGGACUGGUAGGCCGAAGACACUUAUGUUCUAUCCCAGCAACCAACGUAUCUGACAUUGCAGCUUCUGCUGUUGUUCUUUCUAGCAAAAUUGCACCUGGUGUCUCAAUUGGGGAGGACUCUCUUGUUUAUGAUUCAUCCAUUUCAAGUGGAAUACAAAUUGGUUCUCUGUCCAUAGUUGUCAGUAUUAAUGUCCCAAAAGUGAACGAGACAGCUGAAAAUUCGUAUCGGUUCAUGCUUCCUGAUCGCCAUUGCCUUUGGGAAGUUCCCCUAUUAGGAUGCACUGAAAGAGUCAUAGUGUAUUGUGGCCUACAUGAUAACCCAAAAGAAUCAAUAUCCAAGGGUGGAACAUUCUGCGGGAAACCCUGGAAGAAGGUCUUGAAUGAUUUACAAAUUGAAGAAAGUGACCUAUGGAGCUCAAGUGGCAUCUUGGAAAUGUGCUUGUGGAAUGCAAAAAUAUUCCCUGUUUGCUCAUAUUUUGAGAUGCUUGAUCUGGCUUCGUGGUUGAUGGGCUUGAGUGAGAAAAGCAAUGAACAUUUUCUUGUAUUAUGGAGAAGUUAUCCUCGUGUUAGUUUGGAGGAAUUGCAUAAAUCAAUUGAUUUUCCAAAAAUGUGUCUAGGCUCCAGUAAUCAUCAAGCAGAGCUUGCAGCUGGUAUUGCUAAAGCUUGUAUCAACUAUGGCAUGCUUGGUCGCAACUUGUCUCAAUUGUGUGAAGAAAUUCUUCAGAAAGAAGUUUCAGGAGUGGAAAUAUGCAAGGACUUCUUAGACUUGUGUCCUAAGCUUCUGGAGCAGAAUGCUAAGAUACUUCCAAAAAGCCGAGCAUACCAGGUGCAGGUUGAUCUUCUUCGUGCAUGCAGCGAUGAAUCAAUGGCAUCUAAGUUGGAGCACAAAGUUUGGGAUUCUGUCAUUGAUGAAACAGCGUCAGCAGUAAGAUAUGGUUUUAAAGAUCAUCUAUUGGAGGCCCCCAGUAGCAACUCUUCUCUUGCAUUAUGUGAUAAUAAUGGUAAUGAGGGGAGUCAGUCUUUCCACCCAAGAAGUGUGAAGGUUGAACUACCAGUUCGAGUUGAUUUUGUUGGGGGUUGGAGUGAUACUCCUCCAUGGAGUUUGGAGCGUGCUGGCUGUGUCCUAAAUAUGGCAAUAAGUCUUGAAGGUUCUCUACCAAUUGGUGUCAUCAUAGAGACUACAAAAGUAACUGGUGUCUUUAUCAGUGAUGAUGCUGGAAAUGGUUUGCUUAUUGAAGAUCUUACCUCAAUUACUACCCCAUUCAGCGUCAACGAUCCUUUCCGACUGGUCAAAUCAGCAUUGCUUGUGACUGGUAUUAUCCAUGAAAGUUGUCUUGUAUCCACGGGCUUGCGAAUCAGGACAUGGGCAAAUGUACCUCGUGGCAGUGGUUUGGGAACAUCUAGCAUCUUAGCAGCUGCUGUUAUUAAAGGACUUAUCCAAAUAACUGAUGGAGAUGCAAGUAAUGAAAACGUUGCAAGACUUGUUUUGGUAUUAGAGCAGCUUAUGGGAACAGGUGGUGGAUGGCAAGACCAAAUUGGAGGUUUAUACCCUGGUAUUAAGUUUACUGCGAGUUUUCCUGGAGUUCCUCUGCGUCUACAAGUCAUUCCUCUCUUGGCUUCCACUGAGUUAAUUGUAGAAUUGCAGCAAAGAUUACUAGUUGUGUUCACUGGUCAAGUUCGCCUUGCACAUCAAGUCCUUCAAAAGGUAGUAAUCCGGUACCUUCGCCGAGAUAACCUUCUGGUAUCUAGCAUUAAGCGCCUUGUUGAACUUGCAAAGAUUGGAAGGGAAGCUCUGAUGAACUGUGAUUUAGAUGACCUUGGGGAGAUAAUGCUAGAGGCUUGGAGGUUGCAUCAGGAACUUGAUCCUUACUGCAGUAAUGAAUUUGUUGAUAGACUCUUUGAAUUCGCUCACCCAUAUUGCUGUGGCUAUAAGCUGGUCGGUGCUGGUGGUGGAGGCUUUGCCUUGUUACUUGCAAAGGAUGCUGAGAAUGCAACAGAACUCAAACGUUUACUAGAACAAGAUUCAAAAUUUGAUGUCAAAGUCUACCAAUGGAAUAUCUUCUUAGCUUAAUUGGUUUGUGUAGAUGUCCAAAGAAGGGAUUAUUAUUCUUUAAAUUUAUUCUUAUACAUUCUUCACAAUAAUUUACUAUUGUACUUAAUGUGUCUUAAAACCCCCAUUACUGUAAGUGAUCAAAGGAUACUUGAGUGUACAAAUUUGUAACAUAUAUAUGAUACCAGAGAGAGCACAAAACGAUCCUUAAUAUCGAAAGUCUCAAAUUGAGACUCAUUCUCAUGUUUGAUUGCAUUAUUUCAAUGUUUAGAGAAUUGUACUCAUAGUUGAGCCUUUGUUGAUUAGUGGCACCCAGCAGACAAUAAUUUUUGUAUAAUUGGCUUUUUCUUUUUUGGUUAAAAGAUUAAAAAAGCCUAACGUGUAAAUGGGGCGAGGAAUCCAAAGCUUCUUAUAUUCUUUUUCUCUUUAGCACGCCGUCACUUUCAGAAGCAAUACGAGAGAAAAUACGACCAUUAUGCAUUGGUGUUCAAUUAUUUGCUGUAGAUAAAAAAAAAGUAAAAUUAAAUGUUGUAGCCGUUAUACACCAUACUACAUCUAUCUCUACUCUAUCUCUUUGUCAACAUUUUUUAAAUUAUAAAAUUUCAUAUCCCAAGUUUUUAUUUUUAUUUCCUUUUCCCAUUUCAGAAAAUAAAUACUUUUAUAUUUUAACAAAAUUUUAAGAUGUUUAUUGUUACUAUUGUAAAAUGGAAGACAAUAUAAUUACAGAGGGCCAUUAUUAUUUUCCACAUUUGGCUGGAGAGUGAAGAAGAAAAAAGGUUCUUAUCUCAUGAUCCAACUGCUACAAUCGAUUGCUUAGAACUGAAAAGCAGAGCCGGAAGAAGAAAGCGAGAGAGAGAGAGAGAUGGGUCUGUUCACUAACAGAGUCGAGAGAAGUGAGAUCAGGCCCGGAGACCAUGUCUAUACGUACAGGGCUGUCUUCGCUUACUCUCACCAUGGUCUGUCCUUGUUCUUUUUCGUGUUUUCUCAACUGGGUUACAAACAAAAUUGGAAUAUUUGUACAAUUAUUAAUGUGGGUCUGUUUGAUGCUUUUCUUAACUGAGUUCUCUUAUUUUUUUUUUUUUUUGUUUUGUUGGUAAUCUUUCGAAAGAACUGCACAAUGAGGGUUCUGGUUCUGCUGGGUUUCCUUUCUUUUUUGUUGGUUUUCCUGAUUUUAGUAGUUUACAUUUACAUUUUUUUUUUCUUUUUAUCAUGAUUUCCUUGUAUGAAAGUCUGAGCUUAUUCUGCAUGUACCCAAAAAUGAUCCUUUUUUCGGGACCCACCUUUAUUUUUGGUUUGUGUCAAUUCCUACUUCUCAAUUGUCUAUUUUUGUGUUUUUGGUUUUGCGUUUUGCCUGUUAAA